GUAAAAGUUAAAAUGAACAAACUACGGCAGAGUUUUAGGAGAAAGAAAGAUGUUUAUGUUCCAGAGGCCAGUCGUCCACAUCAGUGGCAGACAGAUGAAGAAGGUGUUCGCACUGGAAAAUGUAGCUUCCCAGUUAAGUACCUUGGCCAUGUAGAAGUUGAUGAAUCAAGAGGAAUGCACAUCUGUGAAGAUGCUGUAAAAAGAUUGAAAGCUGAAAGGAAGUUCUUCAAAGGCUUCUUUGGAAAAGACCUCAUAGUUGACCAGACAAUAGAGAAAGUUUCUUUCUGUGCUCCAGAUAGGAACUUUGAUAGAGCCUUCUCUUACAUAUGUCGUGAUGGCACUACUCGGCGCUGGAUCUGUCACUGCUUCAUGGCUGUCAAGGACACGGGUGAAAGAUUGAGCCAUGCUGUAGGCUGUGCUUUUGCAGCCUGUUUAGAGCGUAAGCAGAAGCGGGAGAAGGAAUGUGGAGUGACUGCUACUUUUGAUGCUAGUCGGACCACUUUUACAAGAGAAGGAUCAUUCCGUGUCACAACAGCCACCGAACAAGCAGAAAGAGAGGAGAUCAUGAAACAAAUGCAAGAUGCCAAGAAAGCUGAAACAGAUAAGACAGUUGUUGGUUCAUCAGUGGCCUCUGGCAACACUGCCCCAUCCCCAUCCUCUCCCACCUCUCCCACUUCGGAUGCUACUGCCUCUCUGGAGAUGAACAAUCCUCAUGCCAUCCCACGCCGGCACGCGCCGAUUGAACAGCUUGCUCGCCAAGGCUCUUUCCGAGGAUUUCCUGCUCUUAGCCAGAAGAUGUCACCCUUUAAACGCCAACUAUCCCUACGCAUCAAUGAGUUGCCUUCCACUAUGCAGAGGAAGACUGAUUUCCCCAUAAAAAAUGCAGUGCCAGAGGUAGAAGGGGAGGCAGAGAGCAUCAGCUCCCUGUGCUCACAGAUCACCAAUGCCUUCAGCACCCCUUCGGAGGACCCCUUCUCUUCUGCCCCGAUGACCAAACCAGUAACAGUGGUGGCACCACAGUCUCCUGCCUUCCAAGCUAAUGGCACUGACUCAGCCUUCCAUGUGCUUGCUGCUAAGCCAGCCCAUACUGCUCUUUCACCUGUAGCAAUGCCUGUGCGUGAAACCAACCCCUGGGCCCAUGCCCCUGAUGCUGCUAACAAGGAAAUUGCAGCCACAUGUUCGGGGACCGAGUGGGGUCAAUCUUCUGGUGCUGCCUCUCCAGGUCUCUUCCAGGCUGGUCAUAGACGUACUCCCUCUGAAGCCGACCGAUGGUUAGAAGAGGUGUCUAAGAGCGUCCGGGCUCAGCCGCCCCAGGCCUCAGCUGCUCCUUUGCAGCCAGUUCUCCAGCCGCCUCCACCCACUGCCAUCUCCCAUCCAGCACCACCUUUCCAAGGGAACGCAUUCCUCACCUCUCAGCCUGUGCCAGUGGGUGUGGUCCCACCCCUGCAGCCAGCCUUUGUCCCUGCCCAGUCCUAUCCUGUGGCCAACGGAAUGCCCUAUCCAGCCCCUAAUGUGCCUGUGGUGGGCAUCACUCCGUCUCAGAUGGUAGCCAAUGUGUUUGGCACUGCAACCCAUCCUCAGGCUGCCCACCCCCAUCAGUCACCCAGCCUGGCCAAGCAGCAGACAUUCCCUCCGUAUGAGACGAGCAGUACUACCACCAGUCCCUUCUUUAAGCCUCCUGCUCAGCACCUCAACGGUUCUGCAGCUUUCAAUGGUGUAGACGAUGGCAGGUUGGCCUCAGGAGACAAGCACACAGAGGUUCCUGCAGGUACCUGCCCUGUGGAUCCUUUUGAAGCCCAGUGGGCUGCAUUAGAAAACAAGUCCAAGCAGCGUACUAAUCCUUCCCCUACCAACCCUUUCUCCAGUGACUUACAGAAGACGUUUGAAAUUGAACUUUAAGCAAUCCCUAUGGCUUAUGGAUGUUGUCCAUACUUAGACAGGGGGCAGAGGUCAAAGGAGCAAAGGGGACUUUGUCUUCCUGAUCAGUACUCUUUUCACUAAUCCCAAAGGUCCCAAGGCACAAGUCCAGAAAACAGAGUACAGUAAGGGGUGAUUUUGAAAGACAUGGAGAAAACCAUUCCUAGAAAAAAGCUGCCUUGCAGUUAGUUAGGCUAAAGUAGUCGAGGAAAUGUUGCCCUCUGUACCCCCUCUUCCCUCACCCCCUUACAAAUCUCUGGCAACAGAGAGGCAGACAUAUCUGAACAGGAAUCUGUAUUCAAAGCACAUUUACUGGAAUAUAAAACACAACGGGAAGCAUAACAAUCUCCCUUUGUUUUUCAGGCCAUUCACCUGCCUCCUCUCAGUACUGGCCUUAGAGAUCAAGAAUAGACUGGUUUGUGCUCAGGCUAGGGAAGAGAGGGGGCAGGCUGUGCUGCCAGAAUUCCCAGGAGGGCAUAUCAGCAACUGCCCAGCAGAGCUAUAUUUUGGGGGUGAAGUUGAGCUUCCAUUUUAAGUAACAGAAUAAAUAUUAUAUAUAUCAAAAAAGCCAAAAUCUUUAUUUUUAUGCAUUUAGAAUAUUUUAAAUAGUUCUCAAUAUAAGAAAGUUGUAUGAGUUGUAAGUAAUCUUGCCAAAGGUAAAAGGGUUAGUUGUAAGAAAUUGUACAUAAGAUUGAUUUAUCAUUGAUGAAAUAAAAGGAGGAAAGAUUGGAAGUUGCAGACGGGAUCCCUAGCUUGUUUACUAUCAUUCAUUGUAAGUAACACAUUGCAACAACAAUCAUGCUUAUGACCAAUGCAGUCACUAGGUUGUAGUUUUAAAUAAUGAAAGCAGUAUUGUCCUGGUUUUAAACCUAUGGUGAAAUUCUAAUGUCAUUAUUUUAAUGGAAUCAAUCUUAAUAUGCUCUAUAGAGAUUAUGUAUUAUCUUUUAUAUAUUGCUGCAAUUUCCUUAUGUUAAUCCUUUACUUUGUUUUAACACUAAGGUAAAACAAUGACAUAAUCAUACCACAGAAGGGAACACAGGUUACUGUGUUGGUUUAUAAUGUGGGUCUUGUUUUGGCCUUUAAAUUCUGUUUCCACAGUUUUGUGGGUAUGGGGAUUCUUCUUUAUUAGCUUUGUGUGUGUGCCACCCCGACGUUUUUGGUGAGCAGAACAUCCCCCAUUGCCAGUUGCAGCCACUUGACUUUGGGUAACAUGAGAUCCCAUCUUAUUUUUACUUUUGAAUGCUGGCCUUACAAUCAAAUGUAAGUUAUAUAUAUUUGUACUGAUGAGAAUUUAUAAUCUGCUUUAACAAAAAUAAAUGUUCGUGGUAGAA